AUGCAUCCUGACUCCAAGCGGCCUACUGUUGAAUAUAUUGAUCCGAUAAUUUCCGCGGAGAUUCCAAAUAUCAAUGAAGAGCCAGAGUUGUAUUCACUUGUAAGUGAAUUCAUGAUACAUGGUCCUUGUGGAGCUGAAAAUAUGAAUUGCCCAUGUAUGGUUGACAGGCAAUGUUCGAAAAAUUUUCCAAAGCAAUUCUGUAAUCAUUCUUCAGUUGAUAACAACGGUUAUCCCUUAUAUAUGAGAAGAAACAAUGGAUAUUUUGUCGAAAAAUCAGGUGUCAAGUUAGACAACAGAAAUGUUGUUCCAUAUAACAAAUAUCUGUUGAAAAGAUAUCAGGCACAUAUUAAUGUUGAAUGGUGCAAUCAAGGAUCUUCCAUAAAGUAUCUGUUUAAAUAUAUAAACAAAGGUCCAGAUAGAGCUACAGUUGCUGUUGACAUCAACACUGAUUCUCAUCAAGAAAAGGUUGUCGAUGAAAUAAAAGAUUAUUAUGAUUGUAGAUAUUUAUCUGCAUGUGAAGCAUCAUGGCGAAUAUUUAAAUAUGAUGUUCAUUACCGAUAUCCUUCUGUGAUGCGACUACCUUUUCAUCUUCCUAAUCAACAACAACUUAUAUAUGCUGCAGACGAUGAUAUUGACGAUGUUCUUGAACAACCUUCAGUUGCUGCUUCUAUGUUCACAUCUUGGAUGGAAUGUAAUAAAAUUAAUAAAGAUGCACGAAAACUUACAUAUGUUGAAUUUCCGACAAAGUUCGUUUGGAAAGCUAAUCAUAAGUUGUGGAAGCCAAGGAAAAUUGGACGUUCAAUAGGAAGGAUUCACUCUGUUUCACCUAAACUUGGUGAAAUAUACUUCCUAAGAAUUCUUUUAAAUAAAGUGAAAGGUCCAAAAUCAUUUGAAGAAAUUCGUACGGUAAAUGGUGAAGAAUUUCCUACUUUUCGAGAUGCAUGUUAUGCUUUGGGCCUCUUAGACGACGACAAAGAAUAUGUCGAAGCAAUUAAGGAAGCAAGUCAUUCAGGAAGUGGUUUUUAUCUGCGUUUCUUAUUUGCUACGAUGUUAAUGUCUGACAGUUUGGGUAGACCAGAGUUUGUUUGGGAAAAUACAUGGCAACUAUUGUCAGAUGGUAUUCUUUACAACCAGCAACGUACAUUAAAGUCUCCAGGUUUAACACUCAAUGAGGAUCAACUUAAAAACCUGACUUUGUUUGAGAUCGAACAGAUUUUACUUCGUAACAACACCAGUCUUAAAAAUUAUAACAAAAUGCCUUACCCUGAUACUGAUAUGGUUUCUUCUUCAACAAAUCGCCUUAUCACGGAGGAGCUAGACUAUGACAUACCCAUCUUAAAGAAAGAGUUUGAUCGAAUGUUUCAUGCAUUAACAAACGAGCAGCGAAAUAUUUUUAUUGAUAUCAUGACUACAGUCAAUGAUAAGAAAGGAGGUGUUUUUUUGUGUAUGGAUAUGGUGGAACAGGCAAAACCUUUCUUUGGAAGACGAUAUCUGCAGCAAUUAGAUGUAAAGGUGAUAUAG